AUGCUUCAAGUUCCAGUGCGGGAACAUUCAACCGUGGCCUCCACCAAGGCUGUGAUCUUGGUCGGAGGUCCCUCCAGAGGUACCCGGUUCAGACCUCUGUCUCUUGAUGUUCCCAAGCCCCUUUUCGAAGUUGCCGGGCACCCCAUUAUCAACCACUGCCUCAAGGCUCUUGCCAAAAUCCCCGAUAUCCGAGAAGUCAUCCUGGUUGGCUACUACGAUGAAUCGGUCUUCCGCGAUUUCAUCAAGGACUCCAGCAAGGAGUUCCCCCAGUUCCGAAUCCAAUACUUGCGUGAAUAUACGGCGCUUGGCACAGCAGGGGGUCUCUAUCAUUUCCGUGAUGCCAUCCUCAAGGGCAAGCCCGAGCGAAUUUUCGUCCUGAACGCCGACGUUUGCUGCUCCUUCCCUCUUGGCGAGAUGCUGAAGCUGUUCGAGGAGAAGGACGCAGAGGCGGUCAUUCUGGGAACCCGGGUCAGCAACGAGGCGGCCACCAACUUUGGAUGUAUUGUCUCCGAUGCUCACACCAAGCGCGUGCUGCACUACGUCGAAAAGCCGGAAUCGCACAUCUCCAAUCUCAUCAAUUGCGGUGUCUACCUCUUCGCUACCGAGUGCAUCUUCCCCGCCAUCCGCAGCGCCAUCAAGCGCCGUACUACUCGCCCUCGCCUCCUCUCAUACCCUUCCUCGGAAAACCUGGAGUCCUCCUUCGUUGCCGCCGACGAGGAGGCGGAGAAGAGCGAGGUCCUCCGUCUGGAGCAGGACAUCCUCUCCGAUUUGGCGGACAGCAACCGGUUCUUCGUCCACGAGACCAAGGAUUUCUGGCGACAGAUCAAGACUGCUGGCUCGGCCGUCCCCGCCAACGCGCUGUACCUACAAAAGGCUUUCCAGGCGCAAUCCGACGAACUCACUCCUCCCUCCGCCACGAUCGUACCCCCCGUCUACAUCCACCCCACCGCAACCGUUGACCCGACCGCUAAGUUGGGCCCCAACGUCUCCAUUGGUGCCCGUGUUGUCGUCGGUGCCGGAGCUCGUAUCAAGGACGCGAUCGUACUGGAGGAUGCAGAGAUCAAGCACGAUGCGUGCGUGAUGCACUCGAUUAUCGGCUGGAGCAGCCGGGUGGGCGCCUGGGCUCGUGUCGAGGGAACCCCAAUCCCGAUGACAAGCCACUCCACCAGCAUCAUCAAGCAUGGCGUCAAGGUGCAGAGCAUCACCAUCUUGGGUAAGGAGUGCGCUGUCGGGGACGAGGUGCGGGUACAGAACUGUGUGUGUCUGCCGUACAAGGAACUCAAGCGGGAUGUCGCCAACGAGGUCAUUAUGUAG